AACCAUGCAUGCCUAUAAGGAAGCUUUAGAUGCUUUUCAAAGUAGCCAAUUGUUUAACAAGAAUGAAAAACUAUCAAGAUGGUUUUCAAAUACUUGGUUACCAGAAGCAGAGAAAUGGGCUCAAGCUUUCCGUGGAGAUGAUUUAAUAACUGCUGUUCAUACAAACAAUGGAAUUGAACGCCAAAAUGAAGCCUUUAAGUAUGACUACCUGAAGCGUGAGAAGAACAACACAUUAAGUGCAAUGUUAACAAUAUUAACACAACAAUUUCUUCCAGAGUCAUACACCAAGUAUGUACAGCUGAAUGUAAGAUAUAGCGAUGGAUAUAGCAAGUAUAACAGUGCUCUCCCACCUUUUUUGAACAACCGGCCAAGAGAUAUGGUAAACCACAUUAUCAAGCGUUGGGAAGGAGCCAUAGGACCACACAACAUAACACAGCUGGAAAAUAAUGGUGAAUUCAAAGUUAAAAGCAGUUUAUCAACAAAAGCAUAUCUUGUUAUAUUUGGUAACAAAUCCACAUAUCCCAGCUGCCAAUGUUUGGACUGGCAAAAACAUCACUUACCAUGUAAACAUUUCUGUGCAGUAUUCCAACAUACACAAUGGAAAUGGGACUCCCUUUCAUCACUGUAUAAGAACAACCCUUUAUUUUGCCUUGAUGAUUUGUGCUUUCCUAAGACUGGGUCACCGAACAACUAUGAACUGGCUGAAGAGCAAAUACAUGAUAAUAACAAAAAUGAGCAUGGCCUGGUAAUUGAUGGAGAAAGUCAGGUACAGCCAACAGAUAAAAAAUAUCUUGAUGAUGCUGCAGACAACAACCAAAUGCAAUUAGACAAAAAUAGCAAGGCCAGGUUAACAAAUUUACCUCAACGUCGUGUUUUCAAGAUGACACAGCAUAAAAAAAAAUGCAGAGAGAUCCUCAAGCAGUUGACAAGUGCAACAUACUUGUUAAAAGACACUUUGUCAAUCCAGAAUUUAGAGGAAUCAUUAUGUAAAGUCUGGGAUGAUGUUAAGCAAUCACUGCCAUCUGAUUGCAAUGGUCUUGCACUUGAAACAAAUGACAAACCAAAUCCUAAAAGGAAAGCAACUGGUUCUAUGAAAGAGGAUAGGCCAGCUAGAAAAAAAAGAAAAAUACAGCAACUACCCAAGGGGAAAUACGGCAAGCCAAAACAUCGUUACACAGGGCGAGUUGGUCAGUCUGCAGAAGUGUUACGAAAGAGCUACAAAGUGAACGUUCCUGUUAAAAGUUUCAAUAAGAGCACUGGUAACAAAUUACCAAAGAUUGAUAACAGCAGCACCAAUGAUCAACCCAAAACAUGGAUUGCUAAGUUGCAUCUCACAGUCUUUGACGAGAAUGUUCUAUUGACACCAAAUGGCUGGCUCUCAGAUAACCACAUAUAUGCUUGUCAAUUUAUUAUGAAAUCCCAGUUCCCUCACCUUGAAGGAUUCAUAGACACUUUGCUUGUUUCUUGUGGUAAAGUCAGAAAUCAAAUUAAAAGGGAUGGAAUACAAAUACACAACUUGAAUAUCAAGCACUGGGUGAUGUCUGCAUUCAUGAAUGGUACAUUGACAGUCUAUGAUUCCCUUUAUCUCAACUUUUCAACAACUCUUGUACAACAGUUAAAGACUGUAUAUCCACAUCUUUCACAAAGUUCACCCCCUCCUAUUGUGAAACUUGUUCGUGCUCAAUUGCAAAGAAAUUUCAAUGAUUGUGGUCUUUUUGCUAUUGCAAACUGUGUAGCAGUUGCCAGUGGAAUAGAUCCAGUAUCAGUAAGAUUUCACCAAAACAAGAUGAGAGCCCACCUUCAUAAUUGCUUUAGAAGCAAUGCAAUAACAAUGUUCCCACAUGAUAAACACCCAAAUGAUCAUAAGCCGGCCUACAAAAUUGUUAAAUUUAUUAGUUGAACUAAAUCUUUUAAUAAAAACAAACUGAUCGACAAAAUGUAAACAAGGUUAUAUUGUAUACACUAAUAUUCUAUACAAAAUAUGAUGGCAGCGAAUGGUACAAGGAGACGACGGAGUAAACGAAUUCAUGUUCGUACUACAGUUAAUCAGCAUU